CACCUACAUGGGAUGCCGUUAGGUAAACAAAAUUGUACAGUGGCCGAAGUAAAUAGCCGACGCAAGUUGUCGCUGUUAUUUUAACGGAAUUGCAUUUCUAAAAGUUAUUUUGUCAAGAAUUUUGUUUGAAGAAAUUCAUGAUGUCAAGUGGAGAAGAGUCAAUCAUUUCUAAGUAUUACUUAGAUGAGAAGGCUUUCUAUAUCUGCUGCAAGCUUUUUCUACAGCACUCAGCUGUCAUCAAAGAUGGAUGGAGUUGGGCAAAGGUCAAGGGUGGUGAAGAAGACUACAUAAAAAAAACUGCUAUAAUACCUGGAAGAUUGUCGUCUUUGCAUAACCAGAAAGCUGAUGAUGGGAUCAAUGCUCUGACUGGAGCUGAUGAGUUGGAUGAUGAUGCAGUUGGGGCUUAUAAAGAAUGUGAAAGCCAAGUUUUAAUGCUCUAUGAAUACCAUGUUUUAUACUCAUUCGGUCAUCAGGUGCCAACACUCUACUUCAGAGCAUCUACAUUAGAUGGACAGCCAUUGUCCCUUGAUGAGGUUUGGAAAAAUAUUCACCCAAACUACAGACAAAGACUACUACAAGGACCUUGGGAUACACUGACUCAACAGGAACACCCUUUACUAGGCCAGCCUUUCUUUAUGCUCCAUCCUUGUCACACUGAAGAGUUCAUGAGACCCAUUUUGAAAAUGGCAAAUACCAAAAAAAGGAAAGUAAACUACAUUGCCACAUGGUUGAGUGUGGUAGGACCUGUGGUGGGAUUGGAUGUGCCUCUUAGCUACCACACAGCAUUGACUGGUCCUGACUGACUCAUUAACCUCACUCUAAUAUGUUUUCUGCGUGGAGAGAAAACAUGGUGGAGAAAAGAAAAACAAGACAUGCACAAAGUCACUACAAAGCUCCUAGGACAUCCUACGACUACAACCUUGUAUCAAAGAAUUUACUCAUUUUUACUGAGUAAUCAGAACAUUUGCUUUUGUAUCAUUUGUAUUUUUUGUGUUUUCUUU